AUGAGCCUUCACCUCAAACAGACCUUUGAAGCUGCCGUCCUCACUGAGCUCUACCCACGAUCACAAAUCGACAUCUACGUUAAGGAAGACGGUGGGAAAACUACAGCGCGUUGUGUCAAUGCUGCGACUCUGGCUCUGGUGGACGCUGGUAUUCCCAUGCGGGACUAUGUGUGCGCCUGCACUGCUGGCUUUGUGGAGGACACGCCGCUGGCCGAUCUGUGCCACGCUGAGGAGAGCGGAGGAGGAACGGCUCUGGCGCUAGCCCUGCUGCCCCGCAGCGGAAACAUCGCCCUGCUGCAGAUGGACGCCCGGCUCCACCAGGACCACUUGGACGCUUUAAUAGAGGCAGCCAUGACGGCGUGUAAAGGUCUCAGUAAAGUCCUGGACGGCGUUGUGCGUCAGCAUCUAGAAGAGGUUUCCGUUCUGACCAGAGAUUGAGAAGAGAGCGCUUUGAUGGGAAAAUUAACUGACUGAAACAGACUGCGCUCGUAUUGUAGAACUGAAGCCUGCAUUUAGCUGAAAGUGUUUUGUAAUAAUAAAGAUCUCAAUUUUUUAAAACAGGUUUUGGUGUGUUUCUAAACAGUUGACAACAGUUUUUCCUUUUGUGUACCUCUGUACGCUAUCAUUAUUGUUUCCUCACUAAUAAAAUAUAAACAUUUAUUCCUCA